AUGGGAACGUGCGUUACUGUAAUCAAGCUUGUGGGAUUUUCAUCCUUGGGCUUGUUGUCGGCCUCUUUGACCUAUCUGUCUAUCCAAUCAAUUCCUAAUUUGAUUGCCAGAUUGAACAAUCAAGUGUCUAUAUCCGCAACGUCUGCCUCAGGCGUGUUGGAUGCCAUUGCACACAAAUUGACGCUUUCUAAGCUCGCCAACGUGUUCUUGUCGGCAGUUUCUUCUGGUAUGUUCUAUUUGGCCUAUAAGUACUCGCCUGUGCUGGAGCAGCACCCAUACCUUAUCUACUCUGGUUUGGGAGCACCAUUGGCGCUUGCCACCUUGUAUGUCCAAGGAAAUGGCGCCGACUCUAGCAUCUCCAAGCAUUCUGCUGUUAGAAAGUCGAAAUUGUCCAAGAAGAAGUCUUCUGAAACUCAGAAGCCUGUGGCCCAACCACCUCUUCCAGCUCCAAAAGAAGAAGAGGAAGACCAAUUGGACAAGUCGUACAUUCACGUGUCGGAAGACUCUCUGUCCAACACACUGACCCCAGGUUCAUCGACGCCGGGUUCCCCUAAGCAGAAUGCUACGGAGACGGUAGAACCUUCGAUUUCCUCCGUAGAGCAGGAAGUGGAGGACGCCUUGACCAAGAAGGAAUACGUGCAUGACUUGGAGACAUUGAAGAGCGCAUACACAUUGGCCCUGGUCGUGUCCAGUGUUGGUGUGGCAAUCUGCACCAUUGGUUUGGUUGGGGACUACUACUUUCUCUAA